CUCCUCCUCCUCCUGCUGCUCACUUCCUGAUUUCUCAGCAGCAACAGAUAGAUGAGGACCGUCUGACUGCGGCCAGUGCGACGUCGUGGCCCCGAUAACACAGCCCCGGGAGCGGCUUUGGCUUCGCCGAGGAGAGCCGCCGCGCCGCAGCCGCCAUGGCGGAGACCACGGCCGCCACCGCUGCUGCCGCCGCUGCCUGCGUGUUCGAGGACAUCCAGUAUGAAGACAUCCAGGUCGAAGCGGCUGUUGGCAGAGGGACUUUCGGGGUGGUCUUCAAAGCUCAGUGGAAAGGGAAGGAUGUGGCCAUCAAGACCAUCGAGAGUGACAACGAGAGGAACGCCUUCCUCGUGGAGCUCCGCCAGCUCUCCCGGGUGAAUCAUCCCAACAUUGUUAAGCUGUACGGCUCCUGUGACAAUCCGGUCUGUCUGGUCAUGGAGUAUGCUGAAUGUGGCUCUUUAUAUAACCUCCUGCACAGCGCAGACCCUCAGCCUCACUACACAGCAUCCCACGCAAUGAGCUGGUGUCUGCAGUGCGCCCAGGGAGUGGCUUAUCUCCACGCCAUGAAGCCAAAGGCCUUGAUUCACAGAGACCUCAAACCGCCCAACCUGCUCCUGGUGGCUCGUGGCACGGUGCUGAAGAUCUGUGACUUUGGAACAGCGUGUGACAUUCAGACCUACAUGACCAACAAUAAAGGCAGCGCAGCCUGGAUGGCCCCGGAAGUGUUUGAAGGCAGUAACUACAGCGAGAAGUGCGACGUGUUCAGCUGGGGAAUCAUCCUGUGGGAGGUCAUCACACGCAAGAAGCCCUUCGAUGAGAUCGGAGGCUCUGCCUUCUGCAUUAUGUGGGCCGUUCACAGAGGUACACGGCCCCCCCUGAUCCGAGAUCUUCCCGAGCCCAUCGAGACUCUUAUGACUCGCUGCUGGGACAAGGAGCCCAGCCAGAGGCCGUCCAUGAGCGAGGUCAAGAACACCAUGAGCGGUCUCAUGAAGUACUUCCCAGGAUCUGAGGAACCACUCAACCUGGCUCACCAGUCUUCAGCCAGCAGAAGCGGCUCCUCCUCAGCCACAAGUACAGGGACCUGUGCUGACGGCACCUUCAACAGUAACCGGAGCGACGACAGCCCAGAGCGCAGGAACUCGGUGGGCAGAGAGGAAACACUGAAAAGCUUCGAGUCCAAAUUCCCACUGCCUUUCAAACCUUCCAAGACUGCCACGCUGCGGACCGGUCUGUCCCGGGUUUCUAACGUGGAUUCUCAGCCAGGACGCUCCCAGAGCCCCACGUACUCCACCAGCCCAGGAACCGCCAGCAGCCAGUCGGAGCUGAGGAUGACUUUAAGCCCCACAGCUACCAACGGAAUAGACGGCUCCUUUCCCAUGGCCUACCUGAAACUGGAUCACCAGCUGCAACCUCUCGCUCCGUGUCCCAACUCCAAAGAGUCCAUGGCCGUGUUCGAGCAGCACAUCCGGAUGGCUCAGGAGUACCUCAAAGUUCAGUCGGAGAUCGCUCGCUUCGCAAGGAAAAAACAGGAGCUGAUGGCCGAGCUGGAGCAGGACCAGCGGGAGCAGCAGACCUCAUCUCGGCUCAUCCAGGAGCACAGCAAGCUGCUGGAGGACAACGGCAACCUGCUGGUCCGCUGCCAGGGCCUGAAGAGCAAACUGAGUCUGAUCAAGAGUCAGAACCUGCACCACAGCUAGGACCGGCAGGCCGACCGCACCUCCGACUCCUCGUCCUCCGCCUGGCUGGACUGCAGUGUAUCAGGAUGACCGUACAAGAAAAAAAAGUCCAUCUAACGUGGAAGUUCUCAUUGUUUUGGAUGUGAACUUUAACUCCUAAAAGAGGAUCCAGUAUUUUGUUAACUGGGAUUGUUGGCAAGUAGGCGUCAGCGCUGCUUGUUGCUUUCUAGCGACUGAAGCCUGAAUGGAUUCGUGCGACGAGCCACAGGUUAGGGGAGCUGCUGGGAAAGAGAGAAAAGCUUGUUUUGAUAUCGACUCUGUGUCAUGAUAAUUUUUGUCACGUAAGAAAGCAGAUGAGAAACACCUGCGUACGACUGGACCAAACUGAACCGCGGGCCGGGAGGGCGGCUGCAUGUUGAGAUAUUUUGUUCCCGGUCAUCUUGACAGGUUGCAGAACAACGACAGAAUGCAGUAUUUCCCUAUUUGUUGUAAAACAACAACCCGCAGCUGAUAAGUGGAGUCUGAUUAGAUCUUAAAGCUUCUGGUCUGUCAGGAGGGGAUAAGAAGCACAGCAAAUCAAUGUCAACUCAAGGUUAACACACAAAAAGAAGCAAGUCUAGUGCCUGGGCUGUGUGAAUGUGCUGCUGGCUGUCAGCGAAUGAAUCGACGACACUUUGAUGCCCUCUAAGGUCCUGCUCAGAUCAGCAGAUGUUACAAUAGUUGAGUCAUCUCAAGGCUGCAGGGUGGCCGAGCAGCAGAAAUAAUCUGAGGGUCAGAGAGACGCCUUCACACAGCAUGAUUUUUAUCUUUUUAACUGUUGAGAUGAAAUAAUAUUAAGAAGACACAAACAAAAACGAUUAUGAUGGUUGCAGACUAAAGAUCUAAUUAGCACCAAGGGGCGAUUUCCUACAGGUGUUAAUAUUUUUUUUUUUUUUAUGGGAAAUAUUCAACCAGCAGUCGCCCGGCGUGUCACCUCUGAAUGAUGGCGCUCUGAUCUGCAGCCGUGUGGGCCUGAUAAGUGUUGCUUACAGUCCAAACAUUGUCAGUUUGUGUUGGAAAUGUCUUCUGAAGACGUGGACGUGUGUAGUGUUUCCACUGCAGACUUCUUCAAGUACAAAUCUGCUCACUGACAAAAAAAAAAAGAAAAGAAAGAAAACAUAGCAGUUUCUCAAGUCAGUCGGACUUGUAAUACGAGUGCCUUUAGUUUCUUCAGGUAGAGGAGUUUUGCCGCUGUGAGUGGAUCACAGCGGUUUGAUGGGACCAAACAGACUUUAUUCAGAGAAAAUACCCUCCAACCCACGACUGCAUUUCCCCCAGGGUUUGGAAGACAUUCAGCCAGUAACGUUAUUUUUCUUUUUUUCUUUUUCAUUUUGUUUUAUGCUUCUUUUUUUUUUUUUAAAUUGUGUCAUGUUGGGGGGGAAGAAAAAAAAACCUUAUGAAUUUCCUAGUUUUCUACCAGUUUUACUGUGAAUACAAAAUGUUGCCAAAGGAAUUUCUGCUCCGGAGACAUGUUGCCUCAGAGCGAAAGAAAAGUGUUUAAAAUGACUGCAUUGUAUGAAUUAUGUGCUAGAGCUACAUUUUACAACCCGAACUGCAAAAGUUGGGAUGGCGUGUUAAACUGAAGUGAAAGGACACGAUUAUGUGUAAAUAUAAACCGAAACUGCUUUGAGUUUGAUUGCGGCGACGCUUCUCUCCGCUGAAACAAUGUUGUCGCUCCGGGUGUGAUUUGUGGUCUAACUUUGUCUUGCUGAACUAUGCAAGUCCUUCCCUGAAGAGAAUAGAAUGUUCUAAUACCUCCUGAUGCGGUUUAGCAGCGAUGGUGCCUUUCCGUGUGCAACCUGCAGCCCCACACCACCACAACACCCAAGAGCUUUUUCACUCCUGACCGUCUUUAAACAACCGGCUCAAUCAGCUUUUCCCCGCCUCAGCUAUUGGAGAUGUGUUUCUAGGAUCUGAUUGUUUUUUGUUUUUUUUUGAUAUGAUAAACUGCCUCCCUUCUAUCACCUGACAUGCUGUUUAUUGUGAAUAAAAUCUGGGUUUAAGGGAUUUGCU